AUUUUAACACGUGUCUCUAAGUGGUACGAGCAAGCAGCACGUGUUAUAACCCUGCACCGUCACUUUUCUUCCUCGGGCAUAAUCGCGAAAUUAUAACGGAGAAAACCUGAAGUCUUCAAUCAGAUCCAUCGGAUCACAUUCGCAUCAACGAGGAGAAGCAGAAACCAGAAGCAAAGAAGAAGAUAAUGUCAGGGUCCGCCAUGGUGGGAGAUCCGAGCUCCUGGUCGCGCGCGUUGGUAAAGAUUUCUCCUUACACAUUCUCCGCCGUUGGCAUCGCCAUUGCUAUCGGCGUCUCUGUUCUCGGCGCUGCCUGGGGAAUUUACAUAACUGGAAGCAGUUUGAUUGGAGCUGCGAUCAAGGCUCCUCGCAUUACUUCUAAAAAUCUGAUCAGUGUAAUCUUUUGUGAAGCUGUUGCUAUAUAUGGUGUUAUUGUGGCGAUUAUUCUACAAACAAAACUAGAGAGUGUUCCUGCUGCACAGAUAUAUGCUCCAGAGUCCCUUAGAGCUGGAUAUGCAAUAUUUGCCUCUGGGAUCAUUGUAGGCUUUGCUAACCUUGUCUGUGGGCUGUGUGUAGGAAUAAUUGGCAGCAGCUGUGCACUGUCUGAUGCUCAAAACUCCUCACUCUUUGUGAAAAUUCUUGUGAUUGAGAUCUUUGGUAGUGCGCUUGGGUUGUUUGGAGUGAUCGUUGGAAUAAUUAUGUCAGCUCAAGCGACAUGGCCUGCAAAAACAGCGUGAUUGUUGUUCUUUCCAGAACACGAAAAUCAAUCGUGACGGAGUGCAUAUUUGUUAUGCAAUGCCAAAUAGACUGUAUUUUAUUCUUUUAAUAUUUCUUGUUAGGCAUGUAAAAACUGAUAUGGAAAUGAGAUGCUAUCUUCUUUUGAUUUUAGUCGUAGACUGCAUUUACCCAACUGAAAAAUAAGAUCUUGAGCAAAGAAGUAUUGGUGCAAUUUGAAGGAUGGUCGUUUAA